AUGGUACUGAAGGCAUGUGUAAAGGUAGAGGAAAAGAUUGAAACUGAAGUAGCAGGAACUGAGUGGGGUAACGUAUCUUCUGUGCUUUUUGAUAUGGAUGGAGUGCUGUGCAAUAGUGAAGAGCCUUCAAGAAUGGCAGGUGUUGAUAUCUUUGUUGAGAUGGGAGUUGAAGUUACAGUGGAGGAUUUUGUGCCAUUAAUAGGCACAGCUGUGACCACUAUGUUUUCAGAAGAGAUUCCAAAUGAUGUCAGUCCAUCUCUUAUCAGAAAGGAGAUAGGAAAUAUUUCGCUUGAUGAUAGUGGUGGAUCUGGUGGCUAUACAAUUGCAGAUGAGAAGAUGCAGGGACUACAGGUUCUGCACACUUCUGCGCAAUCUUCGGCAGCAAUGCUCGAAGAAAGAACCGAAAACGGGUCAAUCCUUAACCAAGUUGCUACCAAUGACAAUUUGCCAUCAAACUUAUAUGAUGAAACUAGAAGAUUGAAUCAUUCAAUACACAAAUCUGAUGCACAAACCAAAUCCAUGUUUGAUGUCUGUGGCAUAAAACUCGACAAACCGACAAUUUUGGCAACGCAGGACACAUGUCUUUUUGUAUUUCAAUAUAAUUACGUAAGAAUCGCGAGAAAAAUGGGUUCAAAAACCCCAAUCCAGUCAGCCCUCUUCGCUACCAGUUUUAUCUUGUUAGUUGCUCGCUUUCUAACUCUGAAACAAUCGCAACUCAAAGACCUAAGACCUAGCCCUGAUGUCUCUCUACACUCUCAAACAAGUUUCACACAAUUAUUUAUUAAGAAAAGCAAGAAAAAUAGGUGUAAAAACCCAUAUCCAGUUACGGGAGAAGGUGCCAAGGGGACAUCACGUGGCAUAUGGCCCAUUGUCACCCUCAAACAUGUAGCACCUCACGAGGAGGAGGAAGAGGAGGAGGAAGACGACCUCGACACUUUUUUAAUGUUUUUCGUUUUUGUAUUUCCUCAAGUGAAUCAUCAAUUCCUUUCUUUGUCUACACGCCACUCACCACCCAUUUUCUUGACGACUCCUUUUUCUCCCUUUCUAACCCAACUGAAUAUAGUAGAGACAGCUACACGUGAGCUAACCGCCCAUAUCCCCUCUCCUUCUCUCCCAUCAUCAAUGAGACUAAUCAUCAACUGA